AUGCCGCAGUUGCUCAAGCUGCGCAAGGGUGAGUUUCAGAUUGAUUCAAUAAAUUCAGUGGAGGACACCAAGGGUAACAACGGCGAGAGGGGCAUCCUCAUUGUCACGAACCUGAGGUUAAUAUGGACUUCAGCAAAGUACGCGAGGACCAACUUGAGUAUUGGCUUUAACUGUGUAUCGAGCGUGAACAUUCGCACCGUGAACUCCAGGCUUCGGGGCAACAGCCAGGCUUUGUAUGUCAUGACGCGAUUCAAUUCCACUCGAUUCGAGUUCAUCUUCACAUCCCUCGUCAAGCACAGCCCACGCCUUUUCACCACGGUUCAGGCUGUCUUCAAAAGCUAUGAAACCACGAAGCUGUACAGAGACUUGAAGCUGCGUGGGGCCAUCAUCCGGGACAAAGAGCUCGUCAUGUUGCCAAAUGAGCAGGUCUACGAGAAGAUCAAUGGUAUCUGGAACUUGUCCUCGGAUCAAGGCAACCUCGGCACCUUCAUCAUCACAAAUGUGCGCACGGUCUGGUUUGCCGUUUUGGCAGAAAACUUCAAUGUGUCCAUCCCGUACCUGCAGAUGAAGAGCAUCAAUGUCCGGAACUCCAAGUUUGGACAAGCCCUGGUCAUAGAGACCACGGCCUCCAGUGGAGGGUACAUCUUGGGUUUCCGCGCGGACCCGGUGGAGCAUCUGGAGGAGGUGUAUACCCAGAUUCACAACCUGUGGAAGAUCUUCAGUGUAACACCGAUCUUUGGAGUUGAGUUCUCCGUCGAGGAUAAGCAGUCGGAUGGAAAAGAGAAUUUCGUGCCAAGACAGGAGGACGACGUGCAGAUUAUGGAGGGUGAUGAUAUCGAGCCUUGCUUGCUUUACCAGCCUGACGGUGAAAAAGAGAUCGACCGAGAGCCCAUCUACAACAACGAGCUUGGCCUCGCAGUGGAGCGACUCAAGGAAGGCUCAACCAUCCAGCAGCUCUGGCAGAUCGCGCGGCUCCAGCCCGGCGUGGCCGAUCCAAGUUUCACCAUCCUCACAGAAAAGAGCAGAGUCGGCAGUGUGCAGGUGGCUGGUUGCUAG